AUGUCUAUCCCGGAAACCCAAUGGGCUCAAGUGAUCGAAAAAACCGGCACCCAUCCAGUUUACAAGCAAAUCCCCGUCCCCAAGCCUGGUCCCGAUGAAGUACUCGUCAAAAUCCACUACACAGGCGUCUGCCACACAGACCUGCACGCCAUGAAAGGCGACUGGCCCCUUUCAUCCAAGAUGCCGCUUGUCGGCGGUCACGAAGGUGCAGGCGUUGUCGUUGCCAAAGGUGAACUCGUCAAUGUCAUUGACGUCGGCGACCACGCUGGUGUUAAGUGGCUGAAUGGAUCAUGUCUGUCGUGCGAGUUCUGCAAGUCCGCGGAUGAGUCGGUUUGUCCUGAUGCGUCGUUGUCGGGAUUUACUGUCGACGGGACGUUCCAGCAGUACUGUGUUGCGAAUGCGGCGCAUGUUACUAAGCUCCCCAAGCAUGUGCCCUUGGAUGCUGCAGCGCCAGUGCUGUGUGCUGGUGUUACAGUUUACAAAGGAUUGAAGGAGUCCGGGGCCAGACCCGGCCAGACUGUUGCGAUUGUUGGUGCGGGUGGUGGUCUGGGCUCCUUGGCACAGCAGUAUGCGAGGGCUAUGGGUCUUCGUAUUGUGGCUAUUGACGGUGGGGAUGAAAAGAAAAUCAUGUGCGAACAGCUUGGUGCAGAGGCAUUUGUAGACUUUACCAAGUCCAGUGAUCUGAUCGAGGAUGUCAGGGCUGUUUCUCCCGAUGGACUUGGUGUGCAUGCUGUUCUUUUGCUUGCGGCUGCUGCGAAGCCGUUCGAGCAGGCGACGGGAUAUGUUCGUUCGCGGGGUACGAUCGUUGCCAUUGGGUUACCGGCGGAUGCGUAUCUCAAGGCUCCUGUGUUCAAUACAGUGGUGCGGAUGAUCAAUAUCAAGGGAAGUUAUGUCGGGAAUAGGCAGGAUGGAGUGGAGGCGAUUGACUUCUUUGCACGGGGAUUGAUCAAGGCUCCAUUCAAGACUGUGCCGCUCAAGGAGUUACCGCAGGUUUUUGAGCUGAUGGAGCAAGGAAAGAUCGCCGGGAGAUACGUCUUGGAAAUUCCUCAAUAG